AUGCCUGCUCACCGCACCUCACCGUUGGUCACCUUAGGUUUCCUUGCUGAAAUCCUGCUACUGGUGCAUUGUUCACACGCCCUUUCAGCAAACAGCAGUGCCUCGCAGCAGGUCCCUGUACGCUGCCGCAGGGACCAGGCCUCCGCGCUUCUCACCGUGAAGCGUUCCUUCUCCUUCACCGACGAGGGCUACUGGGCAUCCACCACGACACUGUCAUCGUGGAGAGCGGACACAGACUGCUGCCGCUGGGAAGGCGUUCGCUGCGACAAUGUUACCGGGAGGGUCACUGCACUCGACCUCUCGGAGCGGAACCUGCAGAUCGGCGAGCUUCACCCUUCCAUCUCCAGGCUUACCUCUCUCCAAUACCUCAACCUUGCCUCCAACACGUUUACCAGCUCCCAGCUUCAGGUUUCUGGUUUCCAGAGCUUGACACAACUGACCUAUCUCAACCUGUCAGGUUGCAACUUUGAUUUUCAGGUCCCAGUCGAUAUCUUUCGGCUCACCAACCUGGUCACCCUCGACCUUGGAUACAACAGAUGGGAGCUCCGUCCGUCGACCAUAGUAGCCAGCGACCUUGGCAAGCUGAAGGAGCUCCAUCUAGAGCAAGUUAAUAUCACCGGCACAGCACCGGAGUUCUUCAAGGCACUUGCCAACCACUUCCCCCUUCUUCAGAUCCUUCGCUUAAACGAAUGUCCCCUUUCUGGUCCACUCCACCCAUCCUUAUCAAGACUCCACUCCUUGUCGGUGAUUGAUCUUGGUUAUAACUCUUUAACCGGUCCUCUGCCUGAUUUGUUCACUCCUUCCAAUUUCCCUUCGCUGCGAGAACUUGUGCUCGCUGUUAACAGAUUUGAGCCGAGUGCAUUCCCUCUUGGGAUCACUGGGCUAAGGAAUCUCAUGAUUCUCGACCUUGGAAGCACGAACCUCGUUGGGGCCAUCCCUACCUCCAUCGGGAGCCUCAUGUCACUGACUGAAUUACACAUCGGUGGGAACAGCUUCUCCGGCAGGCUACCUUCGGCCCUCAGCAAUCUGACAAACUUGAUCAUACUGGACUGUCAGCAUUCCGGUUUGUCUGGGCAGGUUCCAUGGCUUACAAGCUUGACACGACUUGAACGCGUAUGGCUCGCCAACAACAACUUCACGGGACCGGUUCCUCUUGACGGACAUAUGUACCAAUAUCUUACAGAGGUGAAUUUAAGCAAUAAUUCACUCUCCGAGACAGUCCCAGCAUCCUUGUUCACUCAGCCAGCAUUGCAGACAUUGCACCUCCAAAUGAACCGACUCUCUGGUGCUAUUGAGGAAUUCCAGAAUCCAUCAGCUAAGCUAACUGACGUUGACUUGAGCAGCAAUCAGCUGACAGGUGCAAUUCCAACUUCAUUUUCCUAUCUCACUGCUCUUCAUACCCUGCAACUUGACAACAACAAUUUCACGGGUACCUUGGAUCUAAACACAUUCUUGAGGCUAAGGAAUCUCAGUGUGAUAUCAGCCUCCUAUAACCCAUUGUUAUCUGCCUCCGGGGAUGGUAAUGAAGUCGAUGAUUAUAGUAACAGUAGUCUUUCUAUCCUGUAUCUAGCAUGCUGUAACCUAACAAGGUUGCCCCUUGUGAUUAAAUAUCUACCUGAACUACAAGAUUUGGAUCUCUCUUCCAAUCAAAUUCAUGGGGAGAUCCCUGACUGGAUUUGGAGAAACAUGAGCUCCUUGGACCUCUCUCACAACCACUUCACCACAGUGGGUCAACCCCUGCACUAUGUUAAUAUAAGGUUCAUCGAUCUUAGCUUCAAUAUGCUCGGUGGCGUUGUGCCUUUCCCUUUCGACGUGUAUGAUCUUGACUACUCCAACAACAAAUUCUCGUCCAUCCCUCCAAGCAAUUUCCUCCGACAGUUUGAGGUGGCCUACUCCGUCAACCUUGCUAACAAUGAACUGAGUGGGCCUAUCCCCUACUCAGAAUGUCGUAAGGACCAUCCUCUCCAAAUACUCGACUUGUCCGGCAAUAAUCUCACCGGGUUGGUGCCGCCUUAUUUGCUAAAAGGUUGCAAUGACCUCACUGUGCUGAACUUGAGGGACAAUAGCCUUGACGGAGCAUGGCCUGACGAGAUCGACGAAUCAUGUAACCUGAGGCUGAUAGAUUUACAUGGGAACCACAUCCAGGGGCGCCUGCCGAGAACAUUGGCUCGAUGCCAAUGCUUGCUAGCUCUUGACAUUGGAGGGAACCGUUUUGUGGACUCUUUCCCUGUAUGGCUAGGUCAGCUACAGGAGCUUCAGCUACUUGUGUUGAGAUACAACAAUUUUCAUGGCCCGGUGAGCAUCCCCCCUCUUGUGGAGAAGAACUCAAGCGCCCGUUACUUCGCCAGUGUACAAAUCAUUGACCUUGCAGGAAACGGCUUCAGCGGCGAUCUACCACCAUAUUUAUUCAAGAGUUUCAGGUCCAUGGUUUUGGACCCAAAUGGAACCGCGGAAUAUGAUUAUACAGUGCAUGCGCGAGCUGGUAGAUCGAAUUAUCAGGUUGUGAUCGAUGUGGCCAUGAAACAACAAUACAUGAGGGUGGAAAAAGUCCCAGCUGACCUGAUGGUGGUUGACCUGUCAUGCAACCGAUUCAGUGGGUUCAUCCCACGGUCAAUCGGCAACCUCACAUACCUUCACGUGGUAAACUUGUCUCACAAUGCUUUCAGAGGCAAGAUCCCACACGAGCUCGGCCAGUUGGCCCGGAUUGAGUCACUGGACCUCUCCUGGAACCAUCUCGUGGGGGAGAUCCCACAGGAGCUGGCCAUGUUGACCACACUUGAGUGGCUCAACCUCUCCUACAAUGAUCUCGGUGGGAGGAUACCUUCUGGCAGCCAGUUUUCCACAUUCACCAGCAGCUCGUUCCAGGGCGGAAACAGAGGGUUGUACGGGUGCCCACUUCUCGUGAAAUGUAACCUUACAUUCGUGACUUCGCCAUCUUCGUCGCUGCCACCUCCUGUGCGAGAAGGAUCACCAUUAGAUGAUAUCAUGUUAUGGCUUUUUGUUGGUGUAGGCUUUGGAGUCGGAUUUGCGUUGACAAUUGUACUACUGGUUGUCUACGGUUGCUGGUGCAAGAAAUGGUUUUGA